UGCCGUCGCUUCGAGUCCCGUCCUCCCUGGCCCGCUGCCGUCUCUCCUGUUUUUCUCGAUUCCUCCCGCCCAAGCCCAGGUCUUUUGCCCAUCCGGCAUCUCGCGCCAUGGCCUGGCAAACGCCCAAUUGCAUCGUGCAGGCGAUGCAAUCCGUCCGCCGGACGGCUCACUUGCGGCCUGUCCUCCGGGCCCCGAAGCUGGCCUCCCCGACCCUGCUUCACCACCAAAGAAACGUCCGCGGCUAUGCCAUGGAGGUUGCGCCCGCUCCCGAGAUCGACCUGGAGACGUUCAGAGCGCGGCCGGCCCGGAUUGUUCCUGCCUCGGCCGCCUACUUCUCCGGCAGUCCUAGAUUCAUCGAUCACCUGCUGCGAUUAGAACACAUGUUGGCCAAGUCUGCGGCCAUCCCGACGGUAUCCCCGGCCGACGCCCCUCGGAAGGCAUGGCUCAAGCUGCCUCAAUUCCGCGACUUUGUCGGCGAGAACGUGCCCACGAAGAAAUACAAGCACCUCGUGAAGAUCUUGCAACGGCUCAACCGGAUCGACCCCAUGGUGAUCCCGACGGAAGUGAGGACCACGCUGGAUUCGUUCGUUCGCCCGGGUAACCCCUACGCGAACAAGCCACUUCCGCCGACGGUGGACGAGAUGGGCCGGGCCCGGGGCCGAGGAAAGCGAAAGGAAUCGUCGGCCGUCGUUCAUCUGGUCGAGGGAGAAGGAGAGAUUCUGGUGAACGGGAAGAACCUGCUCGAGGUCUUCCCUCGGGUGCAUGACCGGGAGAGUGCGACGUGGCCCUUGAGAUGUACCUCGAGACUGGAUAAGUACAACGUGUGGGCGACCGUCCGCGGAGGAGGAGUUACUGGACAGGCCGAGGCUAUUACGCUGGCGCUGGGACGCGCACUGAUGGUUCAGGAGCCUGCGUUGAAGCCCGUCCUGCGGCAAGCCGGCGUCAUCACGGUGGAUGCCCGUCGCGUGGAAAGAAAGAAGGCCGGCCAUCUCAAGGCCCGCAAGAAGCCCGCCUGGGUCAAGCGUUAAAGUCGGUCUUGGGUCGAUCUUCUGGGGUUGGUGCCCCCCCCCCUAUUCUGUGUAUCCCUUGUGUUUCCUUUCCCUCUCCCUGUAUUAUUUUGAUGUACCCUUGUGAUUCUCGACGACUGUAUAUCCUGUAUUGCGAGCAUCCCUUUCCAGAUGUCAUGGUCGUUUCAAAGUACGACACUGCAUGGUCUCGGCGACAAGCAUGUAACUAUUGGCGUUAAUUCAUCCAAAUCAAUUUGUCGUAUUGGAC